CCCGCACCCGGGCUGCCGCGGCCGGCCGGAGAGCGGGGAGCGGAGGCGCGGGAAGAGGAGCGGGGCCUCCGCCGGCCGGGCGAUACCCUGGUCCUGACCCGACCGGGGCGGCGGCGCGCGGGGUGGGUGUGUCCGCGCCAUGGGCGCCGUCUGGUCCGCCCUGCUGGUCGGCGGGGGGCUGGCGGGGGCGCUGCUCGUGUGGCUGCUGCGGGGCGGCCCCGGCGACGCGGGCAAGGACGCCUCUCCCCGGGAGGCCGCGGACGCUAGAGGCUCAGAGCAUCUUCAAGAAAGCAAUGGACAUUUGAUUUCUGAGACCAAAGUGAAUGAAGCUUCAGAAAAUGAAAGCCUUGAGUCUCAUGUGGGAGAAAAGAAAUUCCAAAAAGGACAAGAGACCCCUGCUAAAGCAGCCACAUGUUUUGCAGAUAAGCUGCCAUUUAAUAGCCCACCCGUGGACAGAGCUAAGAAAGGGAACCAGACACAGCUGGAUACUCAGGACCCAGCUGGCCAGGAGGACUGGGAAAUGGUGUCUAGGCACUCAUCUUGGGGAGAUGUGGGUUUGGGUGGCAACCUGGAGGUUUCUGGGGUAAACCUAAGCCCGGAAAUGCAUGACAACAGGAGCAGCCUUGUGGCAGCAAGAGACUGGGAAGUGGACGGGAAAAGAAAAAGUGCAGCCCAAGUGUCUUCAGAGUCUAAGCAAGUUAGCGUCAGGUUCCAGGUUCACUACCUCACGAGCACAGACGUGCAGUUCAUUGCAGUAACUGGAGACCACGAGCGUCUUGGCAGGUGGGACACUUACAUCCCACUCCUCCAUCACAAGGACGGGCUGUGGUCUCAUUCUGUCUUGCUGCCGGCAGAUACGGUGGUGGAGUGGAAGUUUGUGCUGGUGGAGAAUGGGGGAGUUGCCCGCUGGGAAGAAUGCAGCAAUAGACGCCUGGUGACCGGCCACGAGGACAAGGUGGUUCACGGGUGGUGGGGGAUGCACUGACGCAGUCUACCGAGUGCUGGGCAGGCUGCAGCAGAAAGUGGAGGAGGGUCAGGCUGUGGAGCACACUGAAUAAUUUAAAAUAAAGACAGAGUGACUUUAGCCAUUAGCUGCUGCAAAUUCACAAGUGGCUUUUGUGUAAUGUGCAGAGAUAUCUGUGUAGAAGUGCUUCCAGUGGACACAGAUGUCUUCCCCUGUGGCACUGGCUGAUCCACUUGUGCUCAUGCAUCAUUUCUUCAGGGGUUAGGUCUCCAGAGUGAUUUGACUGAACUUCAGGUGUGGACUCUGGCCAAGGAGCACAAAAACCAGCCAGCCACACAAGUUCAACCUGGAGCCUGUAGGGGCUCCUUUGGCUGAGGGAGUAACGCAAGCCUCAUGAGAAACAGCUAAGGACUGUUUUGAAGCUGAUGAAAUAACUCUGGGCAUGGUGAUACACACCGUCACCCCAGCUACUCUGUAGGCUGACGUGUCAGGAUCUUGAUCCAGGCUAGUCCAGAUAGUGUAGUAAGAACAGACCCAACCCCCAUUUCUCCGGUACUCCCUUAAAAAAAAAAAAGGAAAAAACAGCCUUACAAAAUACUCUUUCCUACAUGCAUUUCCAUAAGGAAUUGUAUGGAUGAAACCACACUGGGUCACAGGGUAUAGCUAAAGCUCUAAGACUCCCCAGUGGUUUUUGUCUGGUUUUACCCAUCAGAUGUGGGUCGAAGGAAGUAUGUUCUUGUCUUACUGAUCUAAUGCUGGUGUAGCAACAGGAGCCUAAUCAGAGCUCAUCAUCAAGGGAGCCGGUUAUGGUGACAGCCCAGGAACAAAGGGGACGCGAAUGGGGGUAGAGUGUGGGCUGAGUGAGGUGGCCUGAAAGUCAUACAAGGGACAGGUCCAGCUGGCUCCCAGAGCGAUGCACCCAUCAUCACUCCAGAGCCCCUUGAGCAUGUGCCUGCUCUCUGCCCACCUCUCCCAGCAGGUCACCACACAGGGACACAGGUCCUAUAGAAGCUGUUUCCUUCUGUCACUGUCUUCCCUCUCCUUUCAUACCUGUAGCCUCAUGGGUGACAAAUUUGUAAAGACAGUGAUAUGGAAGUGUACCAUUGCUCUGAGAAGAAAGAAACACUUAGCUUUAUGUAAAUAAAUAAUAAAACCUGAAUUUUAAUAUCUUUA